GGACAGCAAAACAGUGGCGACAAAAACUACCGUCACGCUGUUGUCGACAACGUAGCCAUGAAGAAAGUCGACCAAAUCCCAAAUGUCUUCAAUUCUCAUCAUCUUCUCUACUACUCUCCUCUCUCUCUCUCUCUCUCUCAUCUCCAAACAAGCCUUAAACUUGCUUGAUCCGCUUGAAAUUAGCUUCGGCUUCUUCUCUUUUUCUUGAUCGAUUUCGUUUUCUCGACUGUUUUUAGCUCGGUUGAAAUAGUUUCUGGGAGUUUUAGGAUGUUUCAGGACGAGGGAUCAUCGUCGUCGAUUACGUCAUCGUCGCCGCUGCAAGCUUUGCCGGUGGGGGUUUCGGUUUCACCGGGAUCGCCGUACCCGUGGCUGAAGGAGCUGAAAUCGGAGGAGAGGGGUUUGUACUUGAUCCAUCUCUUGCUAACGUGCGCCGGCCACGUGGCCGGCGGCAGCCUGGAGAACUCCAACGUGGCGCUCGACCAGAUUUCCCACCUCGCCGCGCCGGACGGCGACACCAUGCAGCGCAUCGCCUGUUACUUCGCCCAGGCCCUCGCCGACAGGGUGCUCCGAACACUGCCCGGCGUUUACCGGGCCCUCCAUUCCACCAAGCUGGCGUCGCCGGCGGAUGAGUUCCUUGCACGCAAGGUGUUUGUGGAAAUGUUCCCGUUCUCGAAAGUGGCUUUCCUGGUGGCCAACCAGGCCAUAAUUGAGGCCAUGGAGGGCGAGAAAAUGGUGCACAUAAUCGAUUUCCACGCGGCCGACCCGACCCAGUGGCGCGCUCUGCUUCAAGACCUCAGUGCCCGACCCGAAGGCCCGCCGCACCUCCGGAUAACCGGCGUGCACCCCGUGAAAGAGGUGAUGGAGCAAAUGGGUCGGGUUUUAUCCGAGGAGGCAGAGAAAUUGGAUAUCCCUUUCCAGUUCAACGCCAUUGUCAGCAAAUUCGAAAGCUUGGAUUUGGAGAAGCUCCGGGUCAAAACAGGGGAAGCUCUGGCAAUUUCAUCUCCAAUGCAACUCCACACUCUUCUAGCCUACGACGAUGACAAGAAACCAUCCCCAUUUGCAUCCAAGAUUCCAAACAGAAGGAUCCAAAUCACCCAAAACUCACUGGGAGAUUUCAUCGAACACGAUGUGGGCAAUGGCUAUAGCCCAAGCACCGACUCCGCAUCUUCAUCCCUAUCAAAUUCCCCCAAAAUCGAAGCUUUCCUCAAUGCCCUCUGGGGCUUAUCCCCUAAACUAAUGGUGGUCACAGAACAAGACAGCAACCACAACGGCCAAACAAUCAUGGAGAGACUCUCAGAAUCCUUAUACUUCUACGCAGCAUUAUUCGACUGCCUCGAAUCCACCCUCCCGCGCUCCUCACUGGAGCGAUUGAAGGUGGAGAAGGCGCUUCUAGGCGAAGAAAUCAAGAACAUUAUCGCGUGUGAGGGCUCCGAGAGGAAGGAGAGGCACGAAAAGCUUGAAAAAUGGUUCCAGAGAUUCGAAUCUGCUGGGUUUGGGAACGUCCCUUUCAGCUACUAUGCAAUGCUGCAAGCCAGGCGGUUUUUGCAGAGCUUUGGGUGCGAUGGGUAUAGGAUCAAGGAGGAGAAUGGGUGCGUUGUGACUUGCUGGCAAGAUAGGCCAUUGUUCUCUGUGUCAGCUUGGAGAUGUAGGAGGUGAGAGAUGAAGUUAAGAGAGCCAUUGUUGAUGGUUUAGAGUUUAUGGAAGAAACUGUGAUUGACUUGAUAUAAGUAGUAGAGAGAUAUAAUAGUGUAUGUUCUUUCUUUUUUUUUUUGAGAACAAUAGUGUAUGUUCUUGAUUCAUUCUUUUGUGUUUUGUAAUGUGUGUGUGUUAGUUUUGAUGUUGUAGUUUGGGGUUUUUGGUUCUUUGCCUUUCACUUUCCACUGGUUUUAUUUAGCAAUAACAAUCAAGGCCUAAUUCCCAUUGAUUUUUCUACA